AUGUCCCAGAGCUUCUCUCGAACAACGCAGGUGCCCGAAGAGCUGCAGUCAUGUGUUCACCUGCUGGCCAGAACGUACCGCUACGGCACCCUGUCCCUCGCCCGCCAUGCAGUCAGCCGCGACACCAGCGAGGGACAUAGCUACAAAUAUGAAGGCGACAUGCGAGCCCUGGUAGACGGAGCGCGAGAGCAGGUGUCCGCCCUGCUGCGCAAACACACUGAGGGGAUGACAUCCGCCGAGCUGUGGACGGCGCUGCAGAGGCUCGACACAUUGCGAGUGGUCUUCCUCGGAGAGCCUGAGGACAGCGUGGAACAACUGUCACGUUAUUACGGUGCUGCGGUGGCCAGCAACGGCACGGUCUAUUCCUUCGUGCAGGCACGUGGCACUGCGAUGAGCCAAAGCUCGAAAAACGCGAACGCCGGCAGCGCCUCGUCGAAGUCGGCGGCUGCGCCCAGCCUUCUGGAGGAGUACGUCGUCCGUCAGAACGCGACCAACGCGCUUUACUGGAGCAAUCCGGAGCGAGCUGAAGAGAACCUGGAGACUCGGUGGCCUCCGUUUCGCGUCAAGCCGCCGGCCGACUACUUCGAGACGCGAAACACGCUCCUCAUCUCCCCCAGCCUGGUGUCCUUCCUAUCCGCGAUGCUGAUUGGCCUCGACCCUCUCGUUGUACCCGCCCUUGGCUCAGACGUUGUUCGCGCCCUACUGAGCGUCGUGGUCAGUAGCCAGCAGUCGUCGGACAUCGGAACGACUGGCCAGCAGAGUUCUGCAGGGCACAUUGCCUCCAUGAGUCGACACAGAGAGGAAGCUACACGCUGCCUGUCUGAGCAGUAUGCCAAUCUGACGGGAGACCGCAAGGCACUGGCCCGUUCGCGCGACCUCUUCUUCGACUCCGCUGUUGUGGAGCCCCUGUUCGAACUCUACAGGACCUACUUGGCAAAGUACCCUGAGCUACGUGAUGGCCCCAACAUUGCGGAGUUGCCAGGCAAGAACUCCUUGGAACUGUUCUUCGUCAACUACGCGGUGGCUCACUGUGAGCACGCACCGCGAUCGGUUGACCUGUCAGCUUCGACAGACGCGGACAGGGCGCUGUCGCCGGCUGCGCGUCUCAACGUGGCUCUCAUGAACUCCAAGGCAUUUGCGGCCGUCUUCCACUGCAAGGAAGACGAUGUGAUGAACCCGCGCAGCAGGUGCCAAGUGUGGUGACAAGAAAGUGACGCAGGCUGCCGCAAAGUGGA